AUGGUCCGUUUAAGGGAGAUCCCACGGACCGCGGCUUUUGCCUGGUCUCCGGGAUCAGAUGCUCCUUUGAUAGUAACUGGAACUAGAGCCGGGGCGGUCGACGCGGACUUCUCUGAUGAGACCAAGCUGGAGCUUUGGGAAUUGGGUCUGGACAACCCCGAGCAAGGCGUUGAGCUUCAACCCAUUGCAAGCAUCAGCACAGAUUCAAGAUUUCAUGACAUUGCUUGGGCACCCGCGAACGAGGAACAUCCAAGGGGUAUAAUUGCCGGCGCGUUGGAGAAUGGAUCGCUGGACUUGUGGGAUGCUGAGAAGCUCAUAAAAGGGGCUGAGGAUGCCUUUAUGUCACGAACAACGAAACACUCCGGCGCUAUCAAGUCACUUCAGUUCAAUCCUUUGAAACCACAAAUCCUCGCAACUGCCGGUGCAAAGGGGGAGCUCUUCAUUUACGACGUUAACGAUAUUUCAAACCCUUUUAGGUUGGGUACGGCCGCAGCGCGAUCAGACGACCUUGAAUGCUUGGCCUGGAAUAGAAUAGUUCCCCAUAUUCUGGCAACAGGGGGUAGUGGUGGAUUUGUUACUGUAUGGGAUUUGAAGACCAAGAAGGCAUCCCUCACUCUGAACAAUAAUCGGAAGGCCGUUGGGGCAAUUGCUUGGGAUCCGAUCAAUUCUACUAAGCUUUUGACCGCCACUCCCGACGAUUCGAGCCCCGUCAUCCUGCUGUGGGAUCUCCGAAACUCCAAUGCGCCAGAGCGUACUCUGCAAGGGCAUGACCAGGGAAUAUUGUCACUCUCUUGGUGUCAACAGGAUAGUGACCUACUGUUAUCAUGCGGGAAGGAUAAUAGGACACUGGUCUGGUCACCCCAGACGGGAGAAUGUCUGGGCGAAUUUCCUGAAGUUACAAACUGGACAUUUCAAACGAGAUUCAACCCCCAUAACCCCGCCCUUUCUGCCACUGCAUCAUUUGAUGGCAAGAUUUGCAUACAGACUCUGCAAAACACGAACCCUGCUGCCUCCAAAGUCCAAGUACAAGGCUCGGUUGAUGGAGAAGAUUUCUUCACCAAAGCUCAAACACAGCCACAGGAAGCAUCUUUCUCUUUGAAAAAGGCCCCCAAGUGGUUCGAACGACCUUGUGGUGCCUCGUUUGGAUUUGGGGGGAAAUUGGUGAGCUUUGGCUUGGUGGCCAGCGCACCUGGAAAGCCCAGAUCAUCCAAAAUUCAAAUUUCUAACUUCUCAGUUGACUCUGGCCUGGGCUCUGCAACGGAGUCCUUUGAAAAUGCCCUGGUCGCUGGAGAUAUCGGCAGCAUCUGUGAAUCGCACAUUGCACAGGCAAAAACCGAGGAAGAAAAGGCAGACUGGAAAGUCAUCGAGACCCUUAUUGCAGACAAUCCAAGGAAGCGUGUCACUGAAUAUCUUGGAUUCUCGGAGGCAGAAGAGACAACGAAUGGUGUUUCCGGCCUUGAUUCAGAGGAGGAAAAGACAGAAAGUACCGCGGCAGAAACGAAUGGGGAAGUUAAAGUAAAGAAUAGUCGGUUAUCUACCAUCUUCGCAGAUGGCGGGGAAGGAGAGGACUUCUUAUCAAACCUUACAGCAACGAAAGGUGCCAAGACUGACAACCCAUUCCACCUGUUCUCUGAUGCGGAUUCAGCCUCAGAGAAACAAAUUACCAAGGCAUUGAUGCUAGGCCAAUUCGAAAAAGCCAUGACUAUUUGCCUGAAAGAAGACCGAAUUGCCGAUGCUCUUAUUAUUGCGAAUUGCGGGGGCAAGGAGUUGUUGGAGAAGGCCCAGUCCGAGUAUCUCUCACGAACGGCGAAAGGACCUAAUUACCUCCGUCUAUUGAGCUCUGUGAUUGGCAAAAACCUGUGGGAUGUCGUAUACAAUGCAGACCUCUCAAACUGGAAAGAGGCAAUGGCGACGUUGUGCACGUACGCCGAUCCUGCUGAGUUCCCUGAUUUGUGUGAGGCACUUGGGGAUCGAAUUAUAGAGAACGGGUCUUUGAAAGACGCCUCCUUCUGUUAUUUGGUUGGGUCAAAGCUUGAGAAAGUCAUCACCAUUUGGAUUACAGAACUCAAGGAGAAUGAAAAGGCUGGAAUCGAAGAUCUUAGCGGAGAUUCAACAUUCUCAGUUCACGCACGCUCACUGCAAAACUUCAUCGAAAAAGUUACAGUAUUCCGACAGGUCACGAAGUUCCAGGACACCGAGCGGAGCUUGACCUCCGGUUGGAAGCUUGCUCCUCUUUAUGACAAGUACACCGAGUAUGCAGACAUUGUCGCAGCACACGGUCACCUGUCGAUUGCUGAAAGAUACCUCGACCUACUCCCCGACCAUUAUCCUGCAGCUGAUGUUGCACGCAACAGAGUGAAGCUUGCAUCGAGAAAGGUUGCACCAGGAGUUACACGUCAAGAACAAACAACCGGGCGAGUUGCAUCGCGUGUUCAGCCCCUUGGUUACCAACCACCUGCUGCUGCUUCUCCUGCACGUCAACCUCCAAACCAGUUCAUGCCAGCUGCACCUACGCCUGCUUCGAAUCCUUACGCCCCACCAACCAAUGCAUAUACACCCCAACAAGCCUACCAACCCCCACAGCCGCAAACGGGCUACGGGGCUUAUGGGGCAGGUCCAGGUUAUGGCGGUGCCACAUCCGGCUACGGGGCUCCUCCUCCAUCAUUUGGGGCACCUCCUAGAAAUACGACACCCUCAGUACCUCCUCCAUCGAAAGCAAAAGAUAUGUCUAAUUGGAAUGACACCCCGAUGGUGACUAAGCCUCCGACUGCACGAAGAAGUACCCCCGUCGCCCCAGUGACCUCUCCUUUCCCCAACCAAAACAACUUGUCGAUGCCUCCACCAGCACCGCCGUUUGGUGGACCUAGAGCGACACCCACUCCUCCACCUCCUCCAAAAGGACCAGCUCCUCCUCGAAUGACUUCGCCAUUAGCCGGCGGCCCCCCUCAAUCCUUCCAGCAAUCAGGUAGACCUCCAUCAUCCGCGGCUAAUACCUACAGUCCACCAGUCACAUCGCCAACUCAGCAGUUUGGCCAUGUCGCACCACCUCCAACAAUUCCUCGAGGUCCGUCGCCGUAUAACGCUCCUCCAGCUGGCCCGCCACCGUCCAACAGAUACGCUCCUGCACCUGCAUCGCAACAGUACUCGCAGCCGCCUCAGCAGCCGCAAGGGCCACCUCCACCAGCUAAUCCAUACGCGCCGCCUACAAGCGCCCCUCACAGCCAGUAUGCGCCCCAGCCGUCAUACGAGCCCAGCCAGGGCCAACCCGCCCCUUUCCAGAAUCAAGGACCUCCUCCACCUCCUCAAGGUCCGCCCCAGGGUUCUCGACCACCAAGCGGCCCGCCCCCUAAAGCCGCAGCAGCCGCCCCUCCACCAAAGCCCAGACAUCCGGCCGGUGAUCGAUCUCACAUCCCGCCUUCAGCACAAAGAAUGGUGGAAAUCUUCAGCAAUGAUAUGCAGCGAGUCGCAUCGAAAGCGCCCGCUUCCUUUGCCGCUCAGGUCAAGGACACUCAAAAGCGACUCAACAUUCUGUUUGACCACUUGAACAACGAGGAGCUCGUGAAGCCAGACACCAUCCAGAGGCUCAGCGAGCUUGCGGACGCAUUGCAGUCGAAGAACUACGACGUUGCGUCCCGGUUGCAGGUGGAUAUCCAGCGCGAGAGGACCGAUGAGUGUGGCAACUGGAUGGUUGGCGUGAAGCGGUUAGUGAGCAUGAGCAAAGUUACGCCUUGA